CUAGUCGGCUACGUUCGUUUGAAUUUCGGCAAUUAUCGUACAGAAUCGAGUCCUGUCGAUAGAGAUGAUUUUACUCCUCUCUCUCGUUCUCGGUGUUGUUGUUCGUUCUCGGUGACGCGACGGAGGUGUAGCCUGACGCGGUCUCUUACGUGUCGGUCUGAAUAAAAGUGGAGCUCCGAGGACCCGGGAGUGACGAAGCGAGUCUGUGUCGGGCUCUUCAGAGUUCCCCACCCACCUAUCCAGCCAACUAAAUGACAAUGGAAGCAGGUGCAGAUACACAGCAGGGUGGUGACACGGCUGUUUCUGAGUCUGAGGCCCAGCAGAUCGCCACCCUUGCCCAGGUAUCCAUGGCUGCGGCACAGGUCUCCCCGAGCGGACCCACGGUCACCCUGGUGCAGCUGCCCAACGGUCAGACGGUGCAGGUGCACGGGGUCAUCCAGGCCGCCCAGCCCUCUGUUAUCCAGUCGCCACAGGUGCAGACUGUUCAGAUUUCAACGGUUGCGGAAGACUCCCAGGAUUCCCAGGAAUCAGUGGAUAGUGUCACAGACUCCCAAAAGAGGAGGGAGAUUCUGUCCAGACGUCCUUCCUACAGGAAGAUCCUGAACGACCUGUCGUCGGACGUGUCGGCAGUUCCGCGAAUCGAGGAGGAGAAAUCGGAGGACGACUCAACCCCUGCCAUCACCACGGUCACCAUGCCCACGUCAUGCCCAAUCUACCAGACAAGCAGCGGCCAGUACAUUGCCAUUACUCAGGGCGGAGCCAUCCAGCUGGCCAAUAAUGGCACAGAUGGCAUGCAGGGGCUUCAGACGCUAACCAUGACCAAUGCGGCGGGCGGCCAGCAGGGGGCCACCAUCCUGCAGUACGCCCAGACAUCGGACGGGCAGCAGAUCCUGGUACCUAGCAACCAGGUGGUAAUGCAAGCUGCCUCUGGAGAAGUGCAGGCCUACCAGAUCCGUACGGCCAACACCAGCUCCAUCACCCCUGGCAUGGUCAUGGCGUCUUCUCCCGCCAUGUCCGGUCAGGAAGGCCCAGAAGUUGUUGUCACCCGCAAGAGGGAGGUCAGGCUCAUGAAGAACAGGGAGGCGGCCCGGGAAUGUCGCAGAAAGAAAAAGGAGUAUGUCAAGUGUCUGGAGAACCGUGUGGCUGUGUUGGAGAAUCAAAACAAAACCCUCAUCGAGGAACUGAAGGCACUUAAAGACUUGUACUGCCACAAAUCAGAAUAGUGCCCCCCCCCCCCCCCCCCCCCCCAACGAGGUGCGUCUGUGUCCCCCAUGUACAGAGACUCAACACAGAGCCAUGCAUCUGGGCAAAACCCCUCCCCUUUUCUACAUUAUUAUUCUUUUUAAAAACCGCUACCAGUCUAGAAGACACUUAGAGGAACAGAAGAGGAGGAAAAACACCCGGGCACCUAAAACUAAAAUGUCCCACUUUGGCAUGAUGACCUGAGAAUUACCCUAUACCCCCUAAAAAGAUGAAAUCAGGACUACCUGACAAUAUGACUGCCCCCUAAAAGCAUAAGUGUGGUGUGCCCACUAUCACUUCAAUGGAGCCUCUAAUGGAGAGGAUUUUCAGUGGUGGCUAUCAUUUGUAUUUUUGAUGCACCACCUCUAGUUACUUAACAAAAGACCUGGUCUUAAGGUGGCAGAUUCCAGGAAAACACCAGCCACGGAGGACCUUGGACCCCUCUGCCCAUUGUUAACUCCCCUCUGGAACUUUGAUUUUGGCCUGUCUGCCUGCAUUGCGGGUUGGAAAGAACUUCGAAGAGAUUGUCACCUUUUUUGAGCGCUACACUAUUUUGUAUUUUGGGCUGACGAUUGCUUUAACGCUUCUGUUACUUCUUACUAACAAAUGUACAUGGUCUCUAGAUCCUGGCCAUUGUCAUACUAUGAAUUAUCUUUAAUGGCUUUAGUGGGGUUCUCUUGUAUUGGAUUUUUCUGUUGGUAAAAUUGUCAUUGAGAUUUAUUUCUUUGAGUUAUCGGCCUUGCUUUAACGAUGGAAUGAAACAUCUGGUGACUGUUCGUGGCUGGGGUAUGAGAGGUGAUCUGUAUGUUUUUGUGUUUUUUGGGAAAAUGUUUAGUGACAGCAUCUCUGCAACAACUAACAGGCUUUUAACAAGGUAUGAGACUAUCUUUACAGUGCAGUUCUGAAAGUUGACUGGAGGCAUUGGGCAUAGUAUGAUUUGGGGCAUUCAUGUAAUGUAUAGAAUGAGGCGACGUGUGUUUGAGCCUCCUUGUUUUUCUCCCUUGCAGAAAUAGAAUUCUGGCAUAAUCAUAUUGGGGAAAAUCUUAAUUUCAGAUGUUAUCCUAGUAUACACAAGGAGACAAAAGUUAGGAUUUACCCCAACAAUUGCUCAUUUAAGGAAACAUGCAUAAACAGUUGGAACAGGCUAAAUUAAGAAGCUUUUUUGUAUCACAUAGCUAAAUGGAUAAUUAACUUGGAUCUGCAAUCACAUAGACCUCAAUGUUAGGAUCCUUCUCUGACAGGGACUGAAAAUCCAGUCUGUAAUACGGAUUACGCCAAAAGAUCAACAAUGUUGUAGAACGUACAGAUAUCAAUGUUUUGUAAAACUUGCUUGACAUUUUUUUCAUGACAUUUCUACCUGUAACACGUUCCACAACAUUUUCUCACUGAGUGGCCCAGUCUUUUGUUUUGAUUGGAAUAAUGGAAUAAAGUUUUUACUUUUGUUUUAUUUUAUUAUGUAGCCAUCUGUCAAAUAAUGUACAUGUAUCCUAUUUUUAAGCUGUUGCCAUUUCCAUUCAUAUUUUGUACACUUGUAUGAAAAAGCAAAACAGUUAUAUUAGAGCUAUUUCUUCAACUAUAAAAUUUUUUGGCAGCUGUUAAUAAAUGUUUUUCUUCA